UAAUAUGUAUUGACUAUUGGCGAUCGAAGGCAGCAGCUGUACAAUUACGACCACAACUUCCUUAUCUUUUCUAAUGAACUUCCCUCUCACCACUACCAAAUCAAGAGUGUUCAACCAAUCAAUUUGAUAUAUCGGAGCUUCCCCAAAUUAGCAAAUCAAGAGUGUUCCACCAAUCAAUUAGACCAAAGAAAUCUGAGCUUCCCCCAGAUUAUUGCAAUGGCGGAAGCAGUGGUGUCGACUGCUCUAGAAACCUUGCGCGAUUUGUUGGUGGAAGAAGCAAGGUUUUUAUAUGGUGUGGGCGACCAAGUGAGGGAGCUCCAGAUCCAGCUCAAAGAGAUGAAGUGUCUCAUCAAAGAUGCCGAUAGAAGACGACAUGAAAGUGAAACCAUUUUGAAUUGGAUCUCGGAGAUCAAAGAUCUUGUGUACAGAGCCGAAGCUGCCAUUGAAAGACACGCAGCUUAUCAAGUGUGUUCAAGGAGAAGACGAGGCCGAGGCCUCACACAGCUCAUCCGCAGAUGUGCUUGUAGUUUGGAAGAAUGCUACUCGAUCCACCAACUAGGCUCUGAGAUUUCACCAAUCAAAUCCCGACUUGAAAGGAUAAACAAGGAAAUGUUAGAAAGUGGCAUAAAGAAGAGCAUCAUCAACAAUACCAAUGGAGGGGAAAGCUCGUCCGCCAACAACAGGGCAAGGAAGAGUUUCCCCGAAUUCGUGAUCGGAGACUGUUUUGUGGGGAUGAAGGACGAGCUCAAGCAGCUUCUUCAUCUCCUAGUGGAAGACGAAAAGCAUCGAGUAAUUUCAGUGUGGGGAAUGGGGGGAUCAGGCAAGACCACCAUUGCCAAAAAGCUCUACAACGAGACAAAGACCAGCUUUGAUCUUUGCUCAUGGGUUUGCAUCACUCAGCAAUGUCAGAGUUUUCAAUCAGUUUGGAAUGAUGUUCUCAAGCAGCUAGAGCAUCAAAACACGAAGGAUAGGCCAAAAAUAAGGGAUGAUGUUACAAGUUUGAGCGAGUGGGAAUUGAACGAGCGACUAUGCGAGAUACAAAGAAAGAAGCGAUGCCUCAUUGUUUUUGACGAUCUUUGGGAAACUUCUCAUUGGGAUGACUUCAAGCAUCCCUUCCUUGUCCAAGAUUUGCAGAGCAAAAUCUUGAUCACCACACGCGAACGGGAAGUCGCGGAGAUUGGAUGCCCUGUGAAACUUGGGUUUCUAAAAGAGGAAGAUGCUUUGGAACUACUCAAGAAGAAAGCAUUUCCCCACACCAUCAUUCCAGAGUUUGCAUUGGAAGAGAAUUUUGAGAAAAUUGGGAAAGAAAUGGUGCAGAAAUGUGGGUAUUUGCCGUUGGCAAUUUCUUUACUCGGUGGGGUCUUGAGAAAGAAAAAUUCGAUGAUGGAGUGGGAGUUAGUCAAAGAAAUCAUAUAUAGAGAUGAAAAGGAGAUUGAUGGAGUGCUAAAUUUAAGCUAUGAAAGUUUACCCUAUUAUUUGAAGCCUUGCUUUCUCUACAGUGACGGAGGGAGGGGGGGUCCAGUGGGGGCACUGGGCCCCACUGGAAAUUUCAAAAUAAUUACUAUAUAUAUAGUAAUAUUUAUAUUUUUAGUUAAAUAUAUGUACUUUUAAUUCUAAAAAAAAUCUCUUUUUUUCCUUAAAACAAUCAUAAAUUCACAAUAUUUUUUAAUUUAGGUGGAUGUUAUUUUAUAUCGUUUGUUAUUAUUUUUAAUUGAAAGAGUAAAUUUGAAUUUUCAAUUAUCUAUAAUGAACGAUCAUAAAGAAAACAGUAAAUUUUGAAUUUUAAAUGUAAUUACUUUUUUUAUAAUCACCUUGCAAUUUACUUUCCUUG